AUGUUUGUCAACGGACGCGGCAGCAUUACGCAGGUGCACUACACCGGCGACGAAGCCGCCGCAGAGAUCAAGAAGCUGCUCGACGCAGUGAUCGAGAACGAAGAUGAAUUCGAGCGCUGGGAAGCCCUAGUCACCCGCGCGACAGAACUGGAGGGCGGCGUCACGCGCAACUCCAGCCCCUCGUCCAUCGAGCUGGUUCGCAACGCCUACAACUGUUUCCUCGCCAAAUUCCCGCUCUUUUUCGGCUAUUGGAAGAAAUACGCCGAUCUCGAAUUUGCCAUCGGCGGCACCGAGACAGCUGAGAUGGUAUACGAGCGCGGAGUAUCGUGCAUACCCAGCUCGGUCGAUCUUUGGGCACACUACUGUGCAUUCAAGAUGGACACGAGCCACGACAACGACAUCAUCCGAGAUCUAUUCGAGCGCGGUGCACACUUCGUCGGCCUUGAUUUCCAAGGUCAUCCCUUCUGGGACAAAUACAUUGAGUUCGAGGAUCGAAACAACGAACCAACUAGAGUCGCGCAUCUCUACCGCCGCGUUUCCCAAAUUCCGAUGUACCAAUUCGCGAGAUACUACGAAAAGUUUCGUGGUUUGAUCAAUAGCAACACUUCAGUAGAAGACCUUGCAGAGCCUGAGACGCUGGAAACAUUGCACGCCGCUGUUGCUACCGAGAACCAAGGUUUUGAGCGCGCACCCCUCGAGCUGGACCGACAACUCCGCGUCAAACUUGAUCAAUACUAUUACGAAGGCUACACCCGCACGCAAGCCGAUGUCACAGCUCGUUGGCCUUUUGAGGAGAAGAUCGAACGAGGCUAUUUCCAUGUCACUGAUCUCAAAGACACCGAACUCGAGAACUGGCGCAAGUAUCUGGAUUUCGAAGAGGCACAGGGCGAUUUCCAUCGCACAUGCUUCUUAUAUGAGCGUUGUUUGGUGGCAUGUGCUUUGUAUGAAGAGUUCUGGCUACGCUAUGCGCGUUGGAUGUUCUCCCAGGAGAACAAGGAGGAAGACUGUCGGCAGAUUUACAUUCGAGCGAGCUGCAUCUUCGUCCCUAUCUCGCAACCGACCGUACGCCUGAAUUGGGCUCGAUUCGAAGAGAAGCUGGGCCGAACUUCUCUCGCACAUGACAUUCAUGAGGCUAUUCUGGAUCAGAAUCCAGAUCAUGUCGAGACCAUCAUAUCGCUCGCUGGUGUAGACCGUCGUCAUACAGAUGCAGAUGCCGCAGUAAGCACGUUGGAGAAGUACAUCGGUCAGCGCAACGCGCAUGUCGGCGGCGUCUUGGCUGCCGAGCAAGCGCGCAUCUUGUGGCAGUCGAAGCGUGCGGUUGAUGAGGCCCGUCAGCUGUUCAAAGACAAGGCAGACAAGUUCCUGGAAUCGAAAGAGUUUUGGCUGAAGUACAUGGAUUUUGAAAUCGCUCAAACCCCGAGCGAAGAGGACGAAGCCCACAAGCGCGUGAAAGAUAUUCACGAGACCAUCCGCGCCAAAGGACGAUUUUCCGAGGAAGCCUCAAAGGCGCUUUCACACCACUACAUGGAGUACUUGAUGGAUCACGGAGGCAAGGACGCCGCCGACGAAUUCAUGAAGCUCGACCGCGAGGUCAAUGGGUAUGUAUCGUCGAAGAAUGUCGAUCUGCCACACGCGAAACCUCAAACGAAGAAGCGGAAAAACAAGAAUAAAAGCGCAGCAGCCACGACGGCGUCAUGA